UCAUCAUUUAACUCAUUUCAGGUGCAGUGAUUUGAGGCGGAGGGGGGGGUAUUGUAAGGUUGUCAUUGUUUUGAUUCGGUUUAAACCAAGUACCGUGAGCUUAACUUAUAAGUCCUGCCUCUUAGACUUUACCAAUAGUCACGCCCAGUUUAACUUCCGUGCCGUUCAUCUCCACUUAUGCUACAAACUGGUUGCCUUAUGUGACCUUAUAUAAGCAUGGCUACAUUUAUAUUAAUAAUGCCUUUUGGUUUAACACGUAGGCUUUCGCGAUCAAUAUUAUCCAUAACAGUUUCUUUGGGUUAGACCGUGAAUAUAUUAAAGAACGAAACAGGAUUUCUCCACAAAUCUGGCUGUCGCCUGGUGAUGCGAGUUGUAGUUACUGGCGAAACGUCAUACUCGCAUUGUAAAUGUUGUGGGUUUACUCUCCCAACACAUCAGUGUGUGCUGUACUAUUAACGAAUUGACAUGUUUUGUUUACGUGACAAACCUUACUAAUUGGCUGUCGGGCGACAUUUAUAUUUACAUGAUAUAACCCAAAAUAAACUUAGGAAUAAUGCCUUUUACCUGGGGAAGUGUCACCGAGUGUUAAGAGACACCCUUUUCAGGAGAGUCCUGCAUUGGGACAUUUGACCAAUUCUGUAGAGUGAAACAUUUGUACCGAGAGAAAACACGUGCAUGUGAUUACACUCAAAGUUCCACAUAGAUUAAUUAUCCUAAUCUCUACUGCCAUCUCCUGGCCACCUAGCAGCCCAUGGUCUUCCCAGAGAGUCUCCCAAACAAGCUUUUGAGUUUAUUGGGUACGUUUAUGAUGGUUAGUCAGAGGUAAGAGGAUUCGUUCGUACAAGAGCCUCAUUCAGCCAAGCUGUUGCUCCUCUCUCCACAACACGUUGAGGAGCAUAUGGUGCUUAGUUUUCGAGUCUCAGAGCUGCAGGUGUUGCUGGGGUAUGCUGGACGAAACAAGAGCGGAAGGAAACAGGAGCUUCUGACCAGGGCAUUGCAACUGUUGAGAAGUGGCUGCAGUCCAGCCGUGCAGAUUAAAAUCAAGGAGCUGUACCGCCGACGGCUGCCUCGGCAUCGCAUGGUAAGUCCAGGCACGGCAACAGCAAACACCGAGCUGCCGGCCGUGACAUCUCCCACCCCGGCCGUAACCUCUUCCACGACCCAUCUGCCCUACGACGCGGGCAGCCCCGUCUCACCACUGCCCCUGCUCGCUCCGGGCCGCGAGAUGGAGCGCUCGCUCCAGCAGCAGCUCCACUCCCACGCGGCAGCAACGCCGCCCGCGCAGCCGCCGACACAGACGCUGCCCACACGGACACACCACCCCGUCCAUCCUGACGUGCGCCUCAGGAGCCUGCCCUUCUACGACAUCCUCGACGAGCUCAUCAAGCCCACGAGUCUUGUGACGAGUAGCAACCAGCGGUUCCAGGAAACGUACUACGUCUUCGCGCUGACGCCACAGCAGGUGGCCCAGAUCAGCAGCUCACGGGACAUCUUGCCCGGCCAAAAGUAUGACUUCACUGUACAAGUACAAUUAAGGUUCUGCCUGUCGGAGACGAGCUGUCCGCAGGAAGAUCAUUUCCCCGCGAACCUUUGUGUGAAGGUGAACGGAAAACUUUGUCCACUGCCGGGUUAUCUGCCGCCGACGAAGAAUGGUGUGGAACCCAAGCGGCCAAGCCGUCCCAUCAACAUCACGGCGUACGUGCGGCUAUCCCCGACGGUGCCCAACCACAUCACGGUAUCGUGGACAGCCGACUUCGGCAGGAACUACUCCAUCUCGGUAUACCUUGUGAAGCAGCUCACCUCGUCGUUGCUUCUCAAUCGGAUGAAGGCCAAGGGAAUCCGCAAUUCUGACCACUCGAGAGCGCUGAUCAAAGAGAAGCUGACUGCCGACCCUGACAGCGAGAUCGCCACCACAAGCCUGAGGGUCUCUCUGCUGUGUCCACUGGGCAAGAUGCGGCUGACCAUCCCGUGCCGGGCACUUACCUGCACGCACCUGCAGUGCUUCGACGCCGCCCUCUACAUCCAGAUGAACGAGAAGAAGCCAACGUGGGUGUGCCCCGUGUGCGACAAGAAAGCCCCCUACGACAGCCUCAUCAUCGAUGGGUUGUUCAUGGAGAUUCUGAGCUCGUGCACGGACGUGGAUGAGAUAAAGUUCCGGGAGGACGGCUCGUGGAGCCCCAUGAGGCCUAAGAAGGAGUGCCAGGACGUAACAAGCCCCUCUAUGCACUUCGGCACCAUCGAUAGCUCCAACAGCUACGACAAUGGCUCGCCGUGCAGCGACGAGCGCAAGUCCAUCGCGGAGCAGCGCGUGAGCGUGGAUGGGAAGAAGGUGGAGGUUAUCGACCUGACGCUGGAUAGCUCGUCGUCAUCAUCAUCCGACGAUGAGAGCGACCAAGAGGACGACGCGCAGGACAGCACGCUCGCAAAGAGCGGAGGCGGCGGUGGUGGCGGCGGUGCUGGCGGCGGCGGUGGCUUUCCAGCAGCGAGCCCCUCUCCCUCACUGCUCUCGCGGGGAAUCCUGAACCUGCACCAGACGUCACCAGGCGUUCGUGGCUCAGCGCUGGACAGCGGCUUCGUACCGCCGCAGCUCACCGAUUACCACCCGUCGUACCACCACCCGCACCUGCCUUCCCUGCCGCCAGACCUCCAGGGUACAGCUGCUGGGCCCCGCAGCCGCUCGUGGGACCUUGGAUUGGAUCUGUUUUCCUUGCUGCAAGGAGAUAGUCAGCACUACAGCAGCUCGGGCUUGGGGGGCGCCAGCUCCGGUGACGACCAGGACAUGGUGCGCUCCGCACUGGGCGGCCACGGCUUCUUUCCGUACGUGACGCCGCCGGUCUACCUGGACCAGCUGACGUCGCCCGUCGUUGGCACGGCGCCCAUGGACGCGCUCACGUCGCCCGUCGGCGGGCCACUGUCGGUCACAAGCAGCACGAGCUCCAGCAGCCUCCUGUCGUCGUCCAGCGGCUUCCGCGACCCACACGCAGCGCACGUUUUCACACCGGGGCCGCCCGACAUGCACAACAGCUCCGGCCCGGAGGUCAUUCCGCUGGACGACUGAAAGUCCCUUCCGCUUCCGGUCGAAAAAUGGAGAAUUUUCAGUCAUUGUUGUUCUUCGAAAGGAAGGGGUGGGGGAAGGGCUGGGGGGGAGGGUGGCGCUUGCCAUGGAAAGUUGGUUCGCGUGAGCGACGGGAGGCCAACCCCCCCACUGCGAGUGAGCCGUGCCGUGGGGCCGAUUGGUCAAGGUGCUGUCGUCAUCGUGCGCCUCUCAUCCCCCCUGCUGCUGCACCUACUCGUCGGCUCGGUUGUGGCGUGUGCAUGCCUUCAUGCCGAAUUAUGGAAUGCGUAGAGCGGGGACACGGUGGUAGCGUGCGGACGUGGCUUGUGCAUAAAUUAGUAGUGAAGCAUGCACUUUUUUUGUCCGUCGUAGGCAGCCCAAAGUCCCACUGGAAACCUGGUGGGCUCGCUGUGCAGUGUUAAGCAAAUAUAUGCAUGAGAAAACGUGCUUGGAAGGCUGCUGCUGCUGCUUCUCGCCUCGCAUCUCCGAACGUCACAAUCCCAGGACCCAGGCGUGGCUGGAAUCGGAAACUCACAUGCGUAGACCACGCGCUGUGAAGACUGUUCACCAAUCAUGGGCACUGUUCUUGAAUUGACCUCUGUGUUUGUAUGUGCAGUCUGGAUGUCGUACAUAUAUGUACAUUAUGAUAUCUACAUCUGCCUCUGUUCUUUGCUUUAAUACGGAGGCCAGUUGUAGGACGUUACCUUCCCCGCUGUACACUUUUUCCCGGCCGUCGAGACUGUAAAUACGAGUGAAACGGAAAAUCAAUGCCGUUCCAAACCAUCUAAAACAUUUUACGUCGUUUUGUGCACCUAGCACUGUGUAUAUUUACAGACUACCUUCCGCCCGCCAUGAAGUACAUAUAUACUUUUUGCAGUAGCAUUAUGAAGGAUAAACAUUGACCACCGACUCGCAGCAGGAUGGACACAGAAAAAUUAAAUGCAAGUCUGCUGCCCCAUCUUCGCGUCACCAUCCUGCAGUGCAUCACGCCAGCAGCGAUGUCACGUUGGCGGGAGUCCGUGGGCAACUCGGACUGCCUCGCCACUGAUGUGUGUGGGUACAAGCUCGGUGCACUCGUCUUACCGCCCGGCCGUAUUUCCUUGGUGUGCUGCACUGUGUUAGAAUGGCAAGCUCAGGGUAAUCUCAGUUAUGUUUUGAGACAAUUUAUCUUCAAGAGAGUGGAGGUUAUAGUUAUGUUUGUGUUAAUGGGUGGGGGCCACACGCUGAAUUACGCGUUGUGCUUUGUCCACGUGUGCAGUGACGCGGUUGAAGAGGGGGGGGGGGUGGGUUCUGUCUUGUAGCGAAAGCCAGUCCAAGUUCAGCCAAAUGAAGCCUCUCCAUGGAUCCAAAUGUCAAGCUCUCGACGUUGCUAUAAAAUCACUGCCACAAGUUAACAUUUUCUUUCUGAAUGUAUUUUUUUUGUACUUUGUAGAAUUCUGACUUUUGUUGCAUGCUCAAGGUAAUUUACAACAAAGUCCUUAAUCCAGAAGAAGAGCCUUGGCUGAGACCCAGGACUCGAUAGUCCACGAACCGGAGCAAAUAUUAGUACCACCUAAUGUUGGAGUACUACCAAUGCAUGAAGCAAUGUACAUGGCAAAAUACGAGUGGAUCGUUUCAUACCGCAGCUAAUUUCAAAUGGUUGCCGUGUAAAUCAGAAUUAUGCCACCUUAAGUGAUAUGAACAAGGGGGAAAAUGUGGCCUAGCAUUCUAGGACGAUUGAGGGCCCCUGCUGCAAGAAGUUCGAUUUGACUGGCUUCUUGUCGAUUAUUUUUUUUGGGCUGCAUGCAACACCCCCCCCCCCCCCCCCCAAUAGUUAGGGUUUACGAGCUGGAAGUAUAAUGGUGUCAAAAUCUGACGUGUACCGAGAAUAAAGCAGCCCGAAUUCAUGAAGUUAAAUUGUGCAUUGCCAUUUGAGGUUCAAACUGGAAAGAGCCGUAAAACCAAACGGUAAUGACAUAAGAAUGCUGCCACCGCCACAACAGGGGGAGUUCCUGGUUUGAUUCAUGCUUUGGUGGAAAUCACUUCUUCAAAGAUAAUUCGCCAACUCGGCAAAACAUUGCAGAUUCGUGGCCAUUUUUCUGCCAAACGUGUAUUAGGUCCUUUGGGCCUAAUUCGCAACGGCCGAAAUAGCUGCUACUUUCCGCUGAUUUGGCCGUUUUUCUGUCGAAAAUCAAACAAAAGUCGUUUCCACCGGCGCUUGAAUUAGGUCCCCUGUGUUGGCGCUGGGUUCCCUCUACGCACGAGGGGGUUUAGAGCAUGGAGGGGGGGGGGGCAGAGUUGCACACAGCCCCCUGCGAUCGCAAACCAAAAAUCUAGCCCUGCAGCCAUCGCCGCCCCCCCCUCUGCAUUUGCGCGAAUGUGGCGUGAAGUUAUCGUAUGUCGAUGGUUCAUAAUUUUCCUGGUUUCCUGUUUGUGUGUGUGUGUGCGCACGCGCGCCCGUGUGUGUAUAUAUGUAUGAUACUGUGUGCGUGUAUAGACGUGCUUUUAUAUAUGUAUAUACGUGUGUUAGUGUAAGUGUACAACUCGGCAUGUAUACGAGGGGUGGCCAAAUAUUAUGAACCGAGGGUUAAAGUUAAAUCAAGCAGCGUUGGGGUUUGAUUUGGCUGCAGUAUACCAAUUGAAGUAUAAUUGUGUCAUUGCUUUUUAAAGCUAUGUUUUGUGUGUACUUCAAAUAUCCAUGAAUUGCCCCCUUGUAUAUAUGUUUCUGUACUUUAUGUAUAUAGUGUUAUAUACAGCAUAUGUGUAUAAUACAGUAUGUAUACCUAUAUUUAUAUACAUAUAUACACAAAGGCAUAUGUAUAUACAUAUAUGAAAGCUUGAGUCUGAUUUAUGUAUUUAAAUGACCUUUUUUAGCACAAAGAAUCAUUUGGCAUCAACUAAGAAGACAUACGUUGUGUAUUGUUACAGUAUAUUUAUUUUCUUGUCUUUUUAUUAUUUGGUUUUGUGUGUGUGUGUAAUGCUGUAAUUCAUCGCAUAAUAAAAACCUGGACAAGAUUUUGCCCGAGGUCAUG